AUGCCUGCUAAGAUCACUCUCGCUGAUGGUGAUGACCUUCCAGACCUUAACGGUGCAACGACGCCAUUCUCCUUGACCGUCAGUAGCGACGACAAGACCAGUGUCAUAACCAAGCUACACAGCAUCGAUAUCAUCUUCAACAAUGAUCAACCCCUCAAAGCGUGCUCCAAGACCACGAAACUAAAUGGAAYUCACCUGGAAAAAGCCGAAGAGAGCGCUGGACUCUCGUUCUAUCGCCGUUUUCGACAACAUGCCGCGAGCAGCCAAAAGGCCUAUGUUGCAGCCAGGCUCUUCUUCCCUUGCACUACAGGCUACGUGUCAUGGGCCGGAGUAUUUCAGUCGCGCAUGGUGGACUGUCCACAGGUCAUCGAUCUCUUCAGUGCACUCAAGUCUCUGCAAUCACUGUCACCAAGUCAGCCGCCGGGUAAGGAGGAUGAMAUACCUUCAAUAUUCGCAGAAGCUGUCGCGGGCCUGAUGAUCGAAAGCUCUAGUAAACAGGAUCUAGACAAGCAGUGGCUGUCGUUAGACAAAGAAUUGAUUCGACGCUUUUCCUUGCCCUGGUUAAGCCCAGCACCAUUGGAAAGAACUCGAAUUGCAGUCGUAGAAGGAGGCUUCAACCUCGCGUUCCGGCAGAACAUGCUCGAUCGUGCUUUACAGCUUGGCAUCAACUUGGUCAUCCUCGAUAAACCAGGUCACUGGCUAGCAAGUCCGGAUCACUCCCUUCUCCGGGAAGCCUUCCUACCCAUGGACAUGACCCUGGAUGACGACUUACCAAAGCGAAUUGUCGAAGCGAUGAAAGAAACCGGACUGAAAUUCGAUGGCAUCAUAUCCUUCUCCGACUCGUAUCUUGUGGCUACUGGCACGGCUGCUGAGAUGUUGAACCUAGAGACAUCACCAUCAACUUCGCUUGCCAAGGUGGUGAACAAACAUACAUGCCGCGAAUCUAUGAAAGACCAGCCCAAAGCGUUCGGCUGUACCAGCUUUGAGGAUCUCAUGGAGCAGGUGCAGAAAUCACAACACCCACUAUCAUACCCUCUUGUUGUCAAACCAGUAGUAGGGGGUGGCUCACAGGGCGUCACGCGAGUGAAUGCCGAGCACAUGCUGGAAUCGACAAUUCACUCUUUGGUCCUCCAACAUGGGAAAGAUCUGGCUGUAGAGCCGUACAUCGACGGCCCUGAAUUCGACGUCAACUUUGUGCUUCUGGACAAGAAAAUCAUCUUCUGCGAGUUUUCAGACAAUCUGCCGUGUGCGGGAGAUAUAGCCGGCGCGGGAGAACACGACUCUUUCCUUGAGACAGGGAUGAUAUACCCUUCUGCUCUAGACCAGUCCGAACAGGAUUUGGCAAAGCAGUAUUUGCAUCAAGCGCUGCUGGAUCUGGGUUUCUCGACAGGAGUAUUCCAUGUCGAAGCCCGCAUGAUGAACUCCGCGAAAGAAUUMGCAGUCGGACAGAAUGGAGUUCUCGAUCUCCAACGAAAAGAGGCUGAUCUUGCCACUGGCUCUUCCCCUGGGAUCUUCAUCUAUGGAAUCGACUAUCACGUCAUACAGCUACUACUUGCGGUAGGCGCCACACAGCGUGCGGAACAGCUGUGUCAUUCUUUCGUUGGCGGGACACAGCAUGCAUGCGCUGAAAUUGUCUUCAUACCGGCUCUUGCGGGCGGGACUUUCAAUUCCGAUGACGUUGUGCAGGAACUCAUGGAUGGUGAACCGGAGCUCAAAACUGCCGUUAUGGAAUACUAUUUGAUGCUUCAUCGAGGGGAUAAGGUUCCUGAUCCACGGCAGGGUAAACUUCGCUUCGUUGCUACUCUUCUCGUGGCAUCCGAUAGUCGUCAGGAGACGCUGCGUCUUGGUGCAAUGGCCCAAGCAGGCGUCAAAUAUAGUUUACUGCCAGCAGAAUAG